CGAUGCCUCCGUUUCAUCACAGACGAAUAAAACUUUACUGUGUGAAAACAGCAGUUCAUGACAGACAGACAGACAGACGGCAGGAUGUCUGGACUCAGAGGGAUUCAGGUUUCAUGGUUUCUGGCUCUGCUUUAUUCGACAGCUGUAACUGGAUACCUCGCAGCCGCCGCUGAUGUCCAACAGUCCAACCUCGCCGUCAGGCGUGGAGAUGAGGUCACUUUGACCUGUAAAAAUGUGACACUGGAUCAGAAUCAGUGUGACAAAACACGAUGGCUCUUCUAUAAUGUUUCCGUGUUUGUGGAGCUUGUUGCAUUUGGGAAGAUUCACGAACAUGAAUCAGACAGACUGAGUGUCACAAAGAACUGUUCUCUGGUUAUCAAGAAGGUCUCAGCUGAGGAUGCUGGUCGUUACACCUGUGUGCAGUACAAACAAGGACAACAAGGUUCAGACUCUCAUAUUGAUCUGUCUGUGGUCACCACAGUGACUGGACAGUAUUACAGCAGCUUUGUUGUUGGAGAUGGAGAAGAAGUGACUUUGCCUUGUGACAACAGGAGAGCUGAUCUGCACAGAUGUGAUGAGAUUGACUGGCUCUUCAUUGAUCUUGAAAACAGAGCAACAGUUUUGCUGGUUAAGCGAGGACAGAUUGGUGAACAGGCCAAAACCAAAUCAGACAGACUGAGUGUCACAAAGAACUGUUCUCUGGUUAUAAAGAAGGUCUCAGCUGAGGAUGUUGGUCUUUACACCUGCAGACAGUCACUACAGGUUGAUGUUAAUGUUCAUCUGUCUGUGGUCACCAUGACUGAACGUGAGGACGCUGAUGAGGUGACAUUAAGCUGCUCUGUGGUGACAUAUGAACGAUGUGGACACACAGUGAAGUGGCUGAAUGAGGGUAAAGAAGUGACUGAAGGUGAAGAUGACAUGAAGACAUCAGGGUCUGACUGCUCAGUGACUGUGACACUUCGUUCCUCUUUUGUCAAGCAAAAGUCAAAGUAUCGCGAGCAGUUCAGGUGUGAAGUGACUGAUCGUGUGACUCAAACAGUGCAGCAGUUCACCUUCAGGCAUCAGUCCUCAGGUAAGAAACCAGGUGAGGAAGCAACAGCAACAACAGCAACAACAACAACAACAACACAAGACACUCGUACAGAUCGUUCUGUUCUGGACUACAUGAUGUUGGUUCUGCGUGUGGCUGAACUCCUCCUCAUUACUCUGAUUGCUGUUCUUCUCAUCAGAGCUGCAGGGAAGCAGAGACCACCUGAUGACAACACUGUUUCACACUCAGUCAGAAGGCGGACGGCGAGGCGUUCAGGUGCAGCAGCCGGUCAGGUAAAGGUCAGCUCAGACAGGAGGUGGUGGUGCGUUCAGGUGAAUAAUGAUGAAGAUGAAGAUGAAGGUGUGGUGAAAUAUGAAAACUUUGGAGAAACUUCUGCCUCUGUCAGCCUCCACUGAUCAACAACUUCCACAUCGACAUGAAGUCAUGAGAGAAAAGACUCCACUGCAGUUAAAUAACAUCACAUUUACACGAGCAGUCGAAGCUUUUAGACAACAAAAACCUGAUGAGAUCAUUUUCAGUUUGGGACGACUGCUUGUUUUUAUUUCAUUCAUCAAUGUGAGAAAUGUUUGUGCGUUUUGUGUGCUGAGACAUUUUAGUGUGACUUUGGACAACAGCACUGAUUUCAUCUCAUAUCUGGAAGUCCACUGUGAGUUUUCUAAAACGUCUUCUCCUCCAUCAGCUGUGAAAAUCUUUAUUUUCUGCAGUCACUUCAGAACUCAGCAGGUGGAUUUCAGCUUCCUGGAACAGAAAAGAUCAUUUAACUCUUGUUGUUUUAGGAUUUCCUGGUUGCUGUUGUAGCUUGAGCUCAGUUUCUUGUGUGUGUGUGUGUGUGUGUGUGUGUGCAGAUGAGCUCAUUUGAAUUCACUUUGACUCAGCGUUGUUGCUAACAUAUUUGUUGUGAUGUGUGUGUGUUUGGCUUGAAUGUGUUUUCAGUCUUCAUGGAGUCAGUAACAGUCUUCUUCAUCAUAUCCUCACAAUAUAAUCUGCAAAUAAAGGAAUGCUGACCACUUCA